AUGUCAAAUCGUGUUAACAGGUGGAAAUAUGAAUAUGUCUCAGAUAUUGAACGAGAUGCUGAAAAAUUGAAGGUAUUUAUUUCAUUUCAAAAUAUUCUAUCUGAGCAUAUUGGACCCAAAAAUUUAACAACUGAACUGAUUUCAUUGGAAAAUUUUGGCAAGAUUCUAAUAAAUGUUUUUUCCUUAUUCAACAGUGAAUUAUCGCCAUACGGGAUAGGACUUUAUUUGGGAUUAUCUGUUCUUGAUCAUAGUUGUCAGCCAAACGCGUUUGUUAUUUUUGAUGGAAAAAAAGCGAUCUUACGAUCGUUAAGUCCUGAUAUUGAUACAUUAAGUGAUAGGGUAAAAAUUAGUUAUAUUGAUCUAUUCGAUUGCACCGAAGAUCGUCAAGCGAAACUUUUAGAUAUUUAUUUUUUCACAUGUCGAUGUUCAGUUUGUAACGAUCAACAAAUGGACGCAUUGGCUCAUUCCUUCCGAUGUUCAAGAUGUAAGGAUGGAUAUAUCGGUUUCAAUCCUAAAUCAUCUCAGUUAGAAUCUUGUGCUUCUUGUAAUAUUGAUAAAUUAUCGCUGGCUUUGACUGAUGGUAUAAAAUUGAUGGAUAAGGUGAAAAAAAAGGCAAAGCAACUUGAUGGCUCUAAUUAUGAUGAACGAGAAUUGAUAAGUGCUAUUGAAAUUUAUCAUGAAGCUGAGAAGCACUUUUCGUCAUUCAACAUACCGUUGUGCUGUCUAGCUGAUAGCAUUGCAGUAAAGUUGAUAAUUGCUGGAAAUUUUGAUUGUGCUAUUGGGUUUGUUGAGAAAAUUUUACCCGCAUUUCAAAAAUUUUGUCCAUAUGGUUAUCCUUCAUUGGCAGUUCAGUCCUAUAAAUUGGGCAAACUAUUAGCGCAGAAAGAAUGUAAUAUAAAUAGAGCAAUUAUCCAGCUUGAGCAGGCAGUGGGAAUGUUGAAAAUCGCCUUUGGUGAAAAUCAUCCAAAUACCGUUGAUGCUCUCGAAUCUAUUCUAGAUAUGCAUUUGUUUCUUCAACAAAAAUGUGCACAUAAAUGA